AUGCUGGCUCACCUCGGCGACUCUUGGGAUGACCUUGCAGUCUCAAAUGAUAAUGAUGGCCCAGUAGGACCUCAAUUAAAUGAUGAGGAUGAUGACACUGUCCACCGCGAAGAGAUUCAAAAUAAGUGCUUGUAUUUUAAUUACCUCAACGGUACAUUACCUAUCCCUUCAAACUGA